CUUUGCGGUAGUAUGAUUCGUAAAAUUGGCAGACUGGGCGGGGGUUUCUUUAGCCUGCACACCUGGACAGUAGGUCCGUUUCGCUUUCCCAAGGGAAAAACUUACGGAGCGCAUUGUGGCUGAAUCAUGGUCACCGCAGCAGAAUACGGACACAACUCCUGGGAGCUCACCAUUCAGGUGGACCAGCGUGAGGGAGAUGAGGGUAUGAAGUUUAAGUUACGGGUGAAAGGGGAUCUACACGUUGGAGGUCUCAUGCUGAAACUCGUGGAGAAGAUCAAGGCUCCUCAGGAUUGGUCCGAUCACGCCAUCUGGUGGGAACAGAGGAACUGCUGGCUGCUAAAGACCCACUGGACUCUUGAUAAAUAUGGAGUCCAGGCAGAUGCUGACCUGCGUUACACCCCACAACACAAACCCCUCUGUCUACAGCUGCCCAACAUGAAGACCAUUAAACUUCCUGUUAGCUUCUCUGUCGUGGUUUUCAAGGCUGUAGCGGAGAUUUGCAAAACACUCAACAUUAGAAGAUCUGAAGAACUUUCCCUACUAAAACCACAAGAUGAUCAAAAGAAAAAGAAAAAAGACAAGGGUACAGAGUCAAACAUAGAUGAAAUCUUAAACAUGGACAUAACCAGCGGCAUGAAUAAAGGAGCCCUCGGUCUGUACAGUAAAACCAUGACUCCGACCUACGACCCAGACAGCGGGUCGCCUGCGUCUGCCACCAGUCUUUGGUUUGGAGAUAGUCCUCUUACAGCCAGCCAGCCGAACCUGCCACCUGAGGAACUGGCCAAGUUAUACAAACCUCUUACGCUGGAGGACAAAGCAGCCAUUUACUCUGGGUGGCUCGAUUCAUCUCGCUCAUUGAUGGAACAGGGAAUCCAAGAAAACGACAGACUCUUGCUGCGAUUUAAGUACCACUGCUUCUUUGACCUCAAUCCAAAGUAUGAUGCUGUGAGAAUCACUCAGUUAUAUGAGCAGGCCCGCUGGGCCAUACUGCUGGAGGAAAUCGACUGCACUGAUGAAGAGAUGCUAAUGUUUGCUUCUCUACAGUAUCACAUCUGUAAAUUGACAUUGACAGCUGAGCCACUAGCACAAUCUGACGAACCAGAGAUCGACGAAGUGGAAGCCGCCCUCUCAAAUUUGGAAUUUACACUGGAGGGCCGGAAUGCUGAGAAGAUCCUGGAAGAUAUCACAGACAUUCCAAAGUUGGAGGAUACACUUAAAUUGUUUAGGCCCAAACGAUUGACGUUAAAGCCGUAUAAAGAGUACUGGUUUGUUUUUAAAGACACCACCAUUUCUUAUUACAAAAACAAACAGGCCGCUUGUAAAGAACCCAUUGAGCAACUUCAUCUACGAGGAUGUGAGGUCAUCCCCGAUGUCAAUGUGACUGAGAGGAAGUUCGGCAUGAAGCUUCUGCUCCCGGUGGCCGACGGAAUGAACGAGGUUUACAUUCGCUGUGAAAACGAAACGCAAUACGCCAGAUGGAAAGCUGCCUGCAUGUUGGCCUCUAAAGGAAAGACUAUGGCCUACAGUUCGUACCGCACAGAGGUGAAGAACAUCCAGUCAUUCCUGCAGAUGAAGAGUUUAGCGCCCCCUCCUGGCCAGGCAGCACCUGAUGUGGAGUCCAUGGAGAUGAACGCGGAGUGUUUUGUUUCUCCUCGAUACGCAAAGAAGUACAAGCCGAAACAGCUGACAUCACGAAUCUUGGAGGCACAUCACAACAUUUCCCAGCUCUCACUUAUGGAGGCCAAACUGCGUUUCAUCCAAGCAUGGCAGUCCCUGCCAGAAUUUGGCAUCAAGUAUUAUAUUGUCAGAUUUAGAGGGAGCAGGAAAGAUGAAAUACUGGGAAUCUCCUCUACCAGGCUGAUUCGCAUUGACAUGUCCACUCGUCUGCCGGUGACCACCUGGAGGUUUGCCAACAUGAAACAAUGGAACGUCAACUGGGAAAUCCGACAGGUGGCCAUCGAAUUUGAUCAGAAUGUUUCGGUGGCUUUUUCCUGCCAAAGCUGUGACUGCAAAGUGGUUCACGAGUACAUCGGAGGCUACAUUUUCCUUUCGACGCGCUCAAAAGACCAAAAUGAAACCUUAGAUGAAGAACUCUUCCACAAACUUACGGGAGGACAAGACUGAGCGCAUUAUCACUAGUGUAUUUGAAAUGUAAUUAAUCUAAAUGGAUGUAGGAUUUUGUGAUUAUUAUUUGUUUCAGUGACUGACCCUUUUAUGAUUUGUUUGACAUUUAAACAUUGUACACUGCAAUACGCUAACAUUGAUGUACAAAGAAAAAAAGAGUAGCUACAUUUGGCCAGAAUUGCAUCAGUGAGAAAGGAAAGAUGAGCAAUGGGAAUGGUACCACACCAAUCAUUAUAAAUCUAUCAUUUUAUUGAUACCAAAAACAUCAUAAUCCUUUCAUUUAUUGGUUUUAUUUCAUGUAAGAUGAUACUUACUUUCACAAGCCACCAAAUGUAACUGUAUAAUAAGUAGAUCUGGCUAAGACAAAUGUCCUCUGCAAUAAAAGACCAGUAAAUUACAAUUAGGUAUUCAUCUUUAGUGUUUUAUCUUAAUAAAUCCUUCAUAUGGUACCAUUUUCAUCGUUCUAAAUGUUUGUGGAGAAGUUAGGAGGCAUCAUGAUCAUCAGACACUUCCCUCCCUUGUAGGCAAAUACUCACCUGUGUAUAGAUCAUUAUAAAUCUUCAUCUUGAUGAAGAUUUUAUCAUAUUUCUAAUCGAAAUUUGUAAACAAUUAAUACUUUUAUCUCAGAGGUCCAUAGUUUCCCAAAAUUUGUAGAUCAGUGAUGUUUUUGAUAGCCUAUACAGAGGGGUUCAGGUGAAACUUUAGUAGAUUUCUUUAAAGAUUUUUCUAAGACCAAGUGCUUUUAACCGUUUUUUUGUUAUGUGUCAUGUAAUUUUUUGUUUAUUGCCUAUGUUGACAUGAAAAUUAAAUAAAUAUUUCAUGUGUAGGA